ACGAGAUACGACAUAACCUCCGAAUAUCUCGGAGAGUGCACUCACGGAGUAAUAACAAAGUUAAGAUUUAAGAUUGGCGAUAUCUGCAAGAUUCUCAAGUGCAAUUUUAUAUGAGUUUCCCCAAGACCCAAGUGAAGCUUCUCAUGGCGAUAACUGCCCGAUCAGGCUAAACCUCCUUGUCGCCAUAGGCCACAUCCCUUGGGCCUGGGAAAAAUAUUGUCACCUCAGCUCCAGCUGAACUGCGUGCAGGGUCCUACACCCAACACAACGUACCUAAUCGUCAUUCGCUUCUCCCUACACCGAAAUAAUAAUAAUCAAAGAAUGGCCAUCAGGAACCCCUUUAGGUUCGGCCACGAUCUCUGGGAUCCUUCCAAUCGCUUCGAAACAUCCUGGCUCCUGAGCCCCUGGCUUCUCUUCGCUUUCCGUGCUGUCAUCAGCUUAUACGCUUUCGUUACGCGAUUCUUCAUCAUCGGUUGGGAAUGCACGCACGGCGAACUCGGCGGCUGUAGGGACGUCCGCAGGUCCUUCAGCUACUUCACCAUCUUGACGUACUGGGGCAUCGCUUUCUACUUUGCUGUCGCGGCUGUUCAUACCGCCACGUACGCUCUUCGAGGCCGAGCGUUGCUCGAUAAGCUCCCGCGACCGCUGCAGGCGCUUCACGCGCUGUUCUACUCGACCAUCGUCACGUAUCCGUUCCUCGUAACGAUAGUAUACUGGGUGGUUCUGUACGAAGGGCCUUGGUUUCCUGUCAAGUUCAACGCCUGGAGUAACAUCAGCCAGCACGGCUUGAACAGCCUGUUUGCGCUCUUCGAAAUCGUCAUUCCCCGAACGAACCCCCCUAAAUGGAUACACAUUGCGUGGCUGAUCCUCAUUCUUGCGCUGUACCUUGCCCUUGCGUACCUCACCCGCGCGACUCAAGGUUUCUACGUAUACAACUUCCUAGACUAUAGCGAGGUGGGCGGACGAGGCAUUGUUGCGGGAUACAUUCUCGGAAUUGCGGUCGGAAUCGUCAUCAUCUUUUGCAUUGUCUGGGGCGUCAUCUGGGUUCGACGGUGGCUGACGGAGACGAAGCUUGGUAUGGAUGGCAAGUUUGCACAGCAGCCUGCCGACACCAAUGACAUUGAGCUGGCUUCUUCUGGCAACAAAUACGCUAUCGGAAACCAUCCCGAAGCACAGGACAGGGUGUAUUAAGCUUGCCUAUCAUAAUUGUCGGGAACACGGAGUGUUGGAGAGCAACGUAGGGCGUCAUGUGUGGGCAUUUCUCAAUCAAGCAAAGCGAUCAUCAAGGAUACACUUAACCAGAACGCAAGAUAUUACAAAACGGUGUUAAUUAUUAAUAGUUAAUGGCAAUAAUGAAACCCUCACAAAAUACACAAGACACCUUUCCAAUUGUGCAUGAGCAGCUCCGG